ACCACAACUAUCUUCACGUUAAACCUAAACAAAAAGAAAAAGAAAAAAGAGAAAGAAAGAAAGAAAGAAAAAAGUGUCCGUACAGUACAAACCACCAUACUCAAGCUUCACCUCACCUCUGCUAUAUAUCAGAGUUAUCAUCAUCAUCAAGAGGAAGAAUGAUGAACAUGGAGGGUGGAGAAUCAUCGGGAUCAUCAUCAUCAGUGAUGAUGAUGAUGAUGAAGGAGUUUGAUCAGAAUAGCGACGGUAGUCCGUACGAGAUGGUUAGGCAAAUGGGGUCGUGUAAAGCGGUGGUGGUGUUUAGCAUGAGCGAGUGUUGUAUGAGUACUGUGGUGAAACAACUCCUUUUUAGUCUCGGUGUGGGGCCUACGGUUUUCGAGCUUGAUAAACUCGUGGCUGGACCCCACAUCGAGAACGUCCUCUUCGACCUCCUUAAUGCUGUUGGAGAAGGAGGUAGAAGAGGAUCAGGACGGAGACAGCCGCCUGUUCCGGCUGUCUUCGUUGGCGGUAAGUUCUUAGGUGGUGUGGAAACUCUCAUGGCUUGUCAUAUUAAUGGAACCCUUGUUCCUCUACUCAAAGAUGCUGGAGCUCUCUGGCUUUGACUUUCUUCAUAUAUUUGACUUCAAUAAUUUUUAUUACUUUCUAUCUAUAAAUUAGUUUAUUAGUAGUGUAAUUUUCUUUUUAAUUCCAAGAAAAGAUGUAUGUAUGUAUUAAUUUACUUAUGAAGUUAUUAUAUAAGGGUAUAAUUUCAUUAUA